ACCUUACGUUACCUCAGAGACGGCCAGUCAAUGGAGUCAAACGGUCACGCAAACGAGGCCGUAACAGGUUUAAAAAGGAUUUCUACCCGGAAUAGCACAUAGUCCGUAGAUCGUUGCUAUUCGGAUAGACAUGACUAUUAGGCCGUAGAUAAUAUUGUUGUUGGACUGCGGCUGACGCGGGAAACCAACGCACGAGCCCGUGCGGCUAACCAAGCUAGCUAACCGAGUCAUCAGGGGCUGGAUUUCGAGUAAAUGUAUGUUUACUGCAGUUAAAUAUUGACAGCAAUAGGGAGAAUUUCGACCCCACAUCCCCACUACAAUGGCGGAAGAGGCUGCAGUGGUCGCGCAGCAGAACCUGGACAGGAGCUGCUGGGUGUGCUUCGCCACGGAUGAAGACGAUCGCGCGGCAGAGUGGGUGCGACCGUGCCGAUGCCGCGGCUCCACAAAGUGGGUUCACCAGGCCUGCCUGCAGCGCUGGGUGGACGAGAAGCAGAGGGGCAACAGCACGGCGCGCGUGGCAUGCCCCCAGUGCAACGCAGAAUACCUCAUUGUCUUUCCCAAACUAGGCCCCGUGGUUUACGUGCUGGACCUGGCGGACCGCCUCAUCUCCAAGGCCGGCCCCUUUGCUGCAGCCGGCAUCAUGGUGGGCUCCAUCUACUGGACAGCUGUGACUUACGGAGCCGUCACCGUCAUGCAGGUGGUAGGCCAUAAGGAGGGCCUGGACGUCAUGGAGCGAGCGGACCCCCUGUUCCUGCUCAUUGGCCUUCCCACCAUCCCCGUCAUGCUGAUCCUUGGCAAGAUGAUCCGCUGGGAGGAUUACGUCCUGCGGCUGUGGAGGAAGUACUCCAACAAGCUUCAGAUCCUCAACAGCAUCUUUCCAGGGAUCGGCUGCCCGGUUCCUCGCAUCCCCGCAGAGGCCAGCCCGCUGGCCGACCACGUCUCAGCCACACGGAUCCUGUGCGGCGCUCUGGUCUUCCCCACCAUCGCCACCAUCGUGGGGAAGCUCAUGUUCAGCAGCGUCAACUCCAACCUGCAGAGGACCAUCCUGGGCGGCAUCGCCUUUGUGGCCAUCAAAGGGGCAUUUAAGGUGUACUUCAAACAGCAGCAGUACCUGAGGCAAGCCCACCGCAAGAUCCUCAACUUCCCCGAGCAGGAGGAGGCCUGAAGAGGAUGAACUGAUGCUGAGGAGGCGGAGCUUCCCAGCCCCACCCCCAACCACCUCUGUCCUGGCAGGCAUGUUGGCGUGAGGCGCCCUGACGCCAAAGCUGCACCAUCUCAGUGAUGGAGGACGACUGAGUGGAGCAUGUUUGCAUUCAGCGUGCACACACACACACACACACAUACACACACCCCCACACACACACCCGUCCUGCUCUGUCAUUAUUGUAACCUCACUGUAUUUUAAAGAUUGAUGCAGAGCGUGUAUUCAGAGUUUUAUAUAAAGAAUAAAUGUUUUAUAAUCUUUAUUUGCAGGCUUGAACCCCCACACUUUGUUUGCCAACACUAAGGCUUCAGCUGGAUUCAAGCUUAGCGUGUGGAAUGUACCCAUGAGCAAACACACACGUAACUGUAGGCAGGCGACUGUAUCAUGAAAUGAAUCCACUGGAGUUUCUCUCCGGCGUUCACCUGCCUUUGUUUUCGCACGAGGAGGAUGAUGAUGAGACCAUCAUCAUCCUUCAGUCUGCAGCUGAAGGGACUUUUUGUUGGACUCUGGUGGAAGCAGGUUCCUCCUGAACACCAAGAAACCCGUUGACUGUUGGAAACAAAUAGAACGAGCUGGAACAGUCACCAUUCUACCACUUUGGGCAUCAUCCAUUCAUCAUCAAAUGUUUUUGUUUUGGCUCCCACAAAAAAUGAGAAUGUAGAAAAACCUCAAACCAAAUUUACUGGAAAACUCGGACUUGUUUGGCCGAAUGAGAAGCCGUCACCAUCCUCCUGCCGUUGCUCUGGUUCCUCCUGGUCACCCUUCCUUUGCCUGCUGCAGAAUUCACCUGUACAUAGAAAUGUGGAACCACCUGAUUUCCAGGUGUCUUCCUGCUAACCUCUACUGUCCUGCAGUUCCUGUGCUCCUCCUCUAGAGGCGCUGUUGUCAGUAUGUUACCUCUCUAUCCAGCCUUCUGUCAGUUCUGUGAAUAAAUGUAUUUUUCCAAA